AACUAUUUUUAAUCUGUCCAUUUUACCCUGAAAACCCCCGUUUAUAGACGUUGCGCAACCGCUUUUGUUUUAACCUAGCCAUAAAAAGGUAAUUAUAUUAUUCAAAAUGUCAUUUUUAGUCUAGAAUCAUUAAUUGAUGUCUAAUAUUUAGAUUAAAAAAAAAAGACUUUAAAAAAUGAUUCACUCGCAUAUUUUAAACUUUUAAACGAAUAACGUCACAAUGAAAAAUUUGGCGUCUGUAAAAGUCACGGAUAUCUACCUCAUAACUAUCGCUUAAUUGUAUUUUUUUUGUUACUGUCGCAUUUCCCCCGAUAUGUUAGAUGAUAAAAAAUCGAUCCAAACAAAAAAAAUGGAAAAAUAACUAGGGCUUUCAAAAUUAUCGCGUUAACGAGCGGUAAUUAAUUUUUAAAAUGAAUCCCGUUAAAAUAUUUGACGCACAAAUGCCCCGCUCAAACAUAUUAAAAUGACAGCAGAGUGAAAGGUGUACUUGUUGUGUUUUUCGGAGUUUUGCCGCCCUCUGCUGGCGCUUGGGUGCGACUGAUUUUAUAGGCUUCAGCACCCAUGAGCAUUGUGUAAGUAAUUAUUGACAUCAACAAUGGCGGGCUACCAGUUUAUUUUUUGAUUGAAAUUUUUCAAAUUUUAUUAAAACGAAAACAUGAAGAGGGGUUUUAAUAUAUCUUUUAAGAACUACAAGUUUUUCUAUUCAUGGAUCGCUUUAACAGAAUGUUAAUAAUGGUAAUGCCAUCUUUAUUUAUUGUUAUAAUAAAGAAAGACAGUACUUAUGUACUGUAUGUUAAAUGUAUAUAUCCAUCUUGUGUCUUAUCUUUUCAUUCCAACAAUAAUUUACAGAAAAAUAUGGCAUAUUUUAUAGAAGGUUUGAAUUGCGAUUAAUUGCGAUUGCGAUUAAUUACGAUUAAUUUUUAAACUGUAAUUAACUCGAUUAAAAUUUUUAAUCGUUUGACACCCCUAAAAAUAACAUUUAAAAGAGUAACUAUAUGAAAAAGAAAAUCUCAACCACUCCUUGUUGUCUGCGACUUCUGCUUCGCAACCCUUGUUAUAUCACCUUGUUUUACCCAUAAAAAUCCGGCUGUGGCCAUUCACAGCAGUGUCUCGGUGAUACAUGCUACAUGGAGUUUUUGGAUCGAAACAAGUACGUGAUAAUAUCUCGUUAAAAUCGUGUCGUCUUUAAUUCUGCUCUCGCCUCCAAUUAGGGUUUUUCUGGUUUUGUUUUGUUUUUUAAAUGCCCUCCUGUUCAAAAUUCAUAUGCUGUAUAGGGAAGUCAGUUACAUGCAAUGACACUUUUCAGCACCCCCCCUGAAAAUCCAGUUAUGGACCAAACCCUUGGUCUCUUAAUAUUUGUCCACUGUAGUGACCACCGUUCCUGAAAAGGUGCAAAUGAGUGCCUGUAAGGGUUUCAAAGAUACAAGUCGUAAUUCAUGCAUGAAAGGGUUAAAACAAUGUAAUAUAUCAGCAUAUAUUGUCAUUCUUUUUCUUUCCCAUUUUCAAGAUUCGGUUGGGUGCAGUUUAAGGUAAAAGCCAUUGUGGUCACCGCCCAUGAUCUAAUUUAGUGAACACAGCCGCCGAGCCGCACCUCAUGAAGCCUUAACGUGACCUCACUGAGGCAUUGGGUCUCUUGACGCCAUUCGGCGCUUUGUUGUAGUGACAUUCGUCAAACCUUUGUGUUGCCUUGUUCCGACGGCGCUCGCCUCGCGCACAUCACGAUGGUGUGUCGCCGCCGGAUUCUCACGGUUCGGCGUCGGGAUUUCAAUGUCUUUUCAGACGAAAAAGCCCACGCCGCGUCUGUGUUUUGUGACCGCUAGAUGUCAUCAUGGCACAGUAGAAAGCGGCGGCAGAAGAGGCCUUCGGUGUCCUCAGUUUGCAUGGAUGACAUCACCCGUCCUGCUGUGGAAGAACAUCUAUCUAUCUAUCCAUCCAUCGUCAAGACGGCAAUCACACCCUCAGAAGUCAAUAGCAGCCGAAGGCCGACGUCGAGGACGACGUUCUGCGUGCUGAGCCCAAACUAAGCCCUCCUUCUGCCGCUGAUGCACUUGUUGCGCACGGUCCUGAUGCGCCACUUGAGUCCUUGAAGAGGCAGGACGGGCUGCAACAGGUGCACCUACUUCAUCAUCUGCUUUUUUUUUUUAAAAAAAAAAAAGCUCAAAGGUUAAGACGCAACUUUAAAUGCCCAUCUGUUGAUUUUUGCCCACAAAAGCACUAUGCCGGUUCUGACCAGCCCAGACAACGCUAAUAAGUUUAAGGAGAAAUGGUCGUACCCGGAUGACCAGGCGGCCGCGUCCGACUCGGCCCCUCUGGACGACAGCCUGACCAGCCUCCACUGGCUCCAGAAUUUCUCCAUCGUCAACGCCGACCCGGAGCGAUCCGGCGGGGCGGCUGCCCAGGGCUGCCCCUCCUCCUCCUUCUUCCCCUCCUCCCAUCAGCAGCACCUGUUUUUCAAACGCUUCCCCAGAGGGGGCACCGACUCUCCCUCCAGCCCUCCCGCCGGGGACACGGCGGCCACCGGGAUGCCGCUUCACCUGGGCAGCCCGGUCACCUCCGGGAGCGACAGCACUUUGGCUCAGCGCUUCAGCAACUGCGCCUACCAGUCGGUCCCCAUCCAAGCCACCCCUCCGGCGGAGGUCGACUACAAAACGAACCCUAAAGUCAAACCGCCGUAUUCUUACGCCUCGCUGAUUUGCAUGGCCAUGCAGGCCAGCAAGCAGCCCAAAGUGACUUUAUCCACCAUCUACAACUGGAUCACGGAGAAUUUCUGCUACUACAGACACGCGGAGCCCAGCUGGCAGAACUCGAUUCGCCAUAACCUGUCCCUCAACAAAUGCUUCAAGAAGGUCCCCAGACAGAAGGACGAGCCCGGUAAAGGAGGCUUCUGGCAAAUCGACCCUCAGUACGCAGACAUGUUUGUCAACGGCAUCUUCAAACGCAGGAGGAUGUCCGCCAACAGCUACAACAACAACAGUGGCGCUCACAGACAAAACAAAUUCGUUCAUAAUGCUUGCCCUUACCAAACCGGCAAGGAUCUAGGCAAUAAAAGGAAGCCGAUGGCCGCUAAGAACAACAGCAAAGCUACCAGGGCGACCGAGUCCCCGCUUUUGGCGACGGAGGCCCCCAAAGCGGACAACCCGCGGGGGGAUUUUGACCUGACGUCCAUUUUUGACGACGUCCUAAACUGGAACUGUAGCACCUUUGAGGAUUUGGACAUCAACACGGCGCUGAAUUCGCUGGGCUGCGAGAUGGAGCUUAGCGUGCAGGGGAGGCAACAGUCGGCCGGGCCGGGCCACUGGUGCGUGGCGGGUGACCUCCUGGGACCGAGUCAGCACCCGAACCCGCCCCAGUCGACCUACGAGUACCUGGACGCCGGCGCGGAGCUGCACGUGCUUCCUCAACAAGACCAGCUCCUGCAGAGUCAGAAUCAGCUGCAGAAUUUUGAAGAGCCGUCCUCGCUAUUUCACGAUCGACCGGAAGAGGUGGUCUCCUGGGAGGAGAUCAAGGCCAUUCCACCCACUCUGGAUCAGAGCUUCGGCCUGUACGAGGGCUUCUUUAUGGAGAUGCAACCAUGGGAACGGGUCGAGACCUACCUGUGAUGGUUGACUCCCUAAUCCAUUUACAUCCGAUGAAAGCCUGACUUCCGGUCCAACGAUCAACCUUUUAUUGUCUUUCGAUUCAAACACAUGUUGACUCAGUUACGAGAGACAACCGCACGAUAAGCGGCAAUCUUGUGAAGUAGCUUUGGAACAGAUGUCAAAAAGCUGUACAGAAGAAUAUAAAGUGCGAGGUGGACUGUAGCCAUUUAGGAACAGUGGCACCCAAACCUCUAUAAGCACGACCCGACUGAGCACCGUCACAGGAAUGAGAAGGAUUGUAUUUUGCUACAUUAGCAUUCAACUGGCUUUCUUUGUCUUUGUUUUUUUAAAUAACAGUGCAGUAAAACGUCUCUAAAUGCCAUCUGAAAUAUCUAUGCUCUGUGGUAAUGAAAGAUGCAGAUACUUUAGUCUGAAAUUAGAAAUCAGUUACUUAUGGAGUUGCUAUAUAUUAAUAUAUUCACUACAGUAUAUACGUGGAACAUUUGCCACUCUACAUCCAAAAGGUUUGUAAAUGUAAAACACAUUGACUUUUUUUUUUUUUUUCGGUCAAACAUUAUGCACUUUGUCAGGCAGGCAGCCGUUUUAAAGCAACACUUGCUAACUUUUCAGUUUUGGUCGACGCCGGUGGACAAAAACGGUAGUGUUUAGCCUUCAAGUGCGUAUGACCCCAGAAAGCAUGUUUAUUUCAUAUUUCACACGGUGUUUUAUGCUCUUGAAUGAAAUGGACCGCUUGGAUGUGUGUGGAAGCGAUCAUUUUAUAUACCGUAAUUUCCCGAAUAUAAGGCGCACCCGUGUAUAAUGCGCACCGCAAAUUUACUUGUAAAAUCUAGGGACAAUUAUUCUACCCGUUUAUAAGGUGCACCUUAAUUUUAGCACCAAUAAAUAGAAGAACACAAGAAAACAGAGCUCGUGUACAGAUACAGGAAUGUCAUUUUACUGAAUGGUGAAACACAGCACAAGCAUAGCAUAUUGGUAGUUCAAAACAUUACCAUAAACUGACAACAUUUAGGGUAAUAAUAUGAUUUGACAACUUCUCUAACUUAUCAGAAUCUAGGAGAAAACAAAACAGAUGUGACUUUUCUUUUAAAGGCUGCUGUAUAACUUGCUCGUUUCAUCAUGAUGAAUAAAUGUUUCUUCCAUGGAUUGAUACGGUAAAAUGAAAGUGAGAACAUAAGUCGGAAAUCCGAGAGAGCUCAUCGCUGUCGACACGACGGUAACAAUAGGAACUAUUGUUAUUUGGGUUUGAGUUUACUGAGGGACAGAUAUAGUUGACAGACACAGGAAGUCUGUGUUGUUACGUUUGUUAUGGUCCGAGUUGCGGAGCUGCAAUAAACGUCGACUCAAAUGAGUUCAAGAAACUAAAUUCUGUGCUUUAUGAAGAGUGAAAAAAGCAGAAUUGAACACAGACGAAAUCAUUCGGCCGACCAGAGUGAAGUAUUACCGAAACAAAAUGGUGACGUCACGUACCGUAAUGGUCGGCAACAGAUCGCCGCAUAUGUUUCUUCAACACAACGUGGCCGUGUCAAUAAAAAAAAAAUCGGUUUAUAUAUAUAUUAUAUAUAUAUAUAUAUAUUUCUGUCUCCAUCCAUGUACCCGUUUAUAACGCGCACCAUGAUUUUACAAGUAGAUUUUGGGGGAAAAAAGUGAGCGUUAUCUUCGGGAAAAUACGGCAUUCAAUUUUUGAAUACUGCGCCAUGAAAAUGAGUGACUUCCGGCUUCAGUCUCGAGUUUAGGGCGAGUGCAAAUGUGACGUCACUCGGGUCAGCGUCUCGCAAUACAGCAGUGCUUUAUAGCAUGCGGAUGGACUGCGGAUUCAGCAAAUUUUGCGGAUUAAUUCGUUUAUUUUUCGCAUCACGCCAGCCAAACGGCUGCAGAGAAUUGUUGCUGCACCAGGGAGAGACUGUGAGCCUUUUUCAGAAAGUUCCCGUUCUCCUCGAGAUAGGCCAAAACAAGUGUGCGACAACUGUAGGACCAUUGGACUUACGAGGAAGUGAGUAAACAUCAUAUUUUGUAUUAUGUCAAAUACUGGGAUCAUGGCACACGUUUUAAUACAGAGGUGGCUUGCAUUUUGUGGCUGACAUGCUCCUUGUCCUCCUAGAAUGCCACUCGGUCGCUACCGGUGUUCUGCCAAAAUCUGCUACAUCGGCGAAACGUCUACAUUAGUCGAAUUUGACGCCUAAAGUACUAUCGUGCGCUCUAAACUCGUUUUGUUUCGAUGCAUACAGGCAGAACGUUCUAAAAAAAUGCCUUAAGAAAAUACUUAUAUGUAGUUACAUCAAAUAAGGAAGGACGGUUUAAAAUACGUACGUGACUAGUGUGGUCAACUGCUUCAAAGCUAACAAAAAAACAAUGGUUAAAAGUAUUAGAGGGUAAUACAAUCAAAAAGUAUCUUUGAGGCAAUGAAAAGGUUGUAAAAAACAAAAUAAAAACAAAACUAGUGAGUACUCACCGCUUCUAACCGCUGUGCGCAUGCGUGUGGAUGGUUGCGCAAGCGCGCUAAGCAUCGUUUCGCGGCGUAGUAAGGAAUGGCCGAACACUGGUGGCUUGUCGCACAUCCCCCAACCGGGAGAGCGCUGUAGUCUGCGUAUUGCUCUCUUUGUGUGCCCGGUGUUCUGUCAAAUUUUCCACCCGAUCACAAAUUGCAACUUAAAAAUGACCGCGAAUACAGCAAUUACUUUCUUAAAUAAAGAACUAUUUACUUACGUUUGAUUAUGGACAGACAUUUAGAAAAGUUGGCCUCAGACACAUCCUGCCAUGUUAGCUGCACAACAACUGAGCCUCUCUCGUAUGACUUUCACACGGUUUACGUCUUCGCCGUGUAGUUAAGCAUUAAUAUACGCCAUAUUUAUGUUGACCAUGUACCAGCUACGCGCUCCUCCGACGUCGGGCACUUUGUCCAGCGGUAAUUCUCCAAGCUCUCCUGCCUGCAGCAGGGGAGCUGUAACUUGCUCACUGAGGGGCGGGUUGCCAAUCGGCGAAGACAAUUGACUACCCAGCCGCCGUGUGAUGUAAUCCCGGGUAGUUUUGAGUGAUUUUUCACUUCAAAAGCCGAGAAUAGACUUUGAAACAUCACUCGGUUUGGGUUAGCAUGUCGGGGCAGGGAAAUGACAAAAGCCGGACUAAUUCCGGUGGCAUAAAAUAUCGUUCGGGAGGUGCGACAGUAAAGGUGAAGUCGACAGUUUGGACCAUUAUGGAGUAAUUUUGCCAUGUCGUACUGAAUAAAUACAUUUUUAAUAUUUUAUAUUUCGCACAAGUCUGUUAUUUGUCAUGAUCAUACCAUUUAUUUAGUAACUGGGGAAAAAUACUUGGAUAAAAAAAAAUAUCCUGUAAAAAUAUUGAAGUAGAGAGACUGAAACAAUGAAAUUUUGCGGCUCUCUUCGUCGCGUUUUCCUCGUUCCGAAUAAUUCCCCUUCAAUGGGCUGUAUAGUAAAACCGAUGAGCCCAUUCUCCCGCUGACAUCAUCCACCUGUUGGUGACGCUAGAGCCCUAUAAUGGUAGGCGUGGCUAAACUGCAGAUUAAAAGACUUAAUUUUUCGUCAUCCGCGCUUUGCCAAAUUGUUGUACAUAGUUGAAUCGUCUGAAAAUCUGAUUCUAAUUCACAUAAUAAUGCUAUUUGAGACUUUUUUUUAUCCUUUCAUACGUACUUUAAGGAAGACUGCGUUUCCCAUGAGGACCCGAGCACACCCGCGGUGUCGUAAAAUCAUUAAUCAAUUAAAAAUCAAUCUCGCAGUCGCCUGUAGAUGGAUUAAACAACAUUUCUUUUUCCAGCAGCUGUGUGAAGGAUGAAUAGUAAUAAGGUUGUGAAUCCAGUGGUGGCUAAACAAUAGCAUAUGAUGGUUAGCAAGUGUGGCAAACUCCCCCACCCAACCAGAGCGAAAAGUCAGGCCUAUGUUUACUCUGUAUAUCCUGGUAGCCUGCCUUCCUCCUCAGGCAAAACCUUUUGCAUAGACUUCAUAACGUAUUGACGGGGCACAGGGCCGAUAAAUGGGGGGCUUGCAUUGUUGGCGAGGUCGUCAAAGCUGACUGAGUGGAAUCACAAAUAGCUUUUUUCGUUGAAAAUUCUUGUGAAUAAAUGCUAAAAUUCCUGAAUUCUUUUCAGAUAUGGACGUAAAACAGUCUAUAUUUUUUGUUAAAAGCGAAAAAAAAAAGUGCAGUUAGCAAUUGUUUUUCGUAAAUAUGUCGAGGUACAAUGCUAGUCUGUUAGUGAAUGUAGCUAGCGGCCGCCUGAUGUAAAGAGGUUUUCCGGUGAAAAUUCUUGUGAAUAAAUGCUUAAAUCUCUGAAUUCUUUAUAGAUAUGGACGUAAAAAAGUUUCGUUUCUUGGUUAAAAGCAAAAAAACGUGCAGGUAGCAUUUAUUUUACGUAGAUAUGUCAAAGUACAAUGCUAGUCUUAGUAAAUGUUGAUAGCGGCUGCCUUAUGUAAACAGGGCUUUUCCUGUGAAAAUUCUUGUAAAUAAAUGCUUAAAUCCCUGAAUUGGUUAUAGAUAUGGAAGUAAAACAUAUGGACGUAAAACAGUCUUGAUUCCUGGUUACAAGCAAAAUGUAAAAUGUGCAGUUAGCAUUUAUUUCACAAAGUACAAUGCUAGUCUGUUAGUGAAUGUAGCUAGCGGCCCUGAUGUAAACAGAGCUUUUAUUCUUGUAAAUAAAUGGUUAAAUCCCAGAAUUCUUUAUAGAUAUGGACGUAAAACAGUCUCGAUUCUUGGUUAAAAGCAAAAUGUGCAGUUAGCAUUUAUUUCGCGAAGUACAAUGCCAGUCUGUUAGUGAAUGUAGCUAGCGGCCCUGAUGUAGACAGAGCUUUUAUUCUUGUGAAUAAAUGGUUAAAUCGCAGAAUUUUUUAUAGAUGUGGACGUAAAACAGUCUCAAUUCCUGGUUAAAAGCAAAAAAAAAAAUCAAAAACAUGUGCAAUUAGCGUUUAAUUUACGUAACUAUUGUGAACUACGACGCCAAUGCAGUAGCGGCUAAUUUCUCCCAUUGUUCUUUUUUCACAACGAUUCAAAAUGCAUGCAUGGUACGAAAAAUAUAAUAUUUACCUUGAAUCCUCGAACAGAUCACGCCUGAGAAAAUCCUUCCUGUUUGUAUGCGGUACAGCUUUCGUACUGUUUCAACAGAAAUCCGGCGUUAGACCGCUGCGUGCGAGUGUUUGUGAAUAUUUCCUCUUGAUGUGGGCGGCCCCCUACUUGAGAAUGUUAGGCGCGGCGCAUGACCGAUCUGACCCAUCAAUACAUUAUGAAGUCAAUGCCUUUUGUCUCUUUUGUUGCUCUGCCAUCUUUGCAGAAUUCACGUGAAAGCGUUGGCAUCGAUUUCCGUCUUUAUAACAAAUGGGGAAAUGCUGCAUUUGUAGUUUUUUGUCUGUGGCAGGGUUCCCGCCACUCUCCUUAAGGUGAAUUAGUGCCGGUUAAAGCGAUACACAAGUUGUCAGUCGACAUAUUAUCACAAAUAUUAUGAAAAGUUAGCUAGUGUUGCUUUAAAAGUCUAAUUCAGGAUGCUAUGAUUUCAUUUUCCUGAUAUUCAUUCAGUUGUUAGGAUGAGUGAUCACAAUGCAACUCUAAGGGCCUGAUUUAUUAAAAGGUCUCAAGUGGUGGACGCUAAAUUGCGUUUUAACCGAUUGUUGGCUAGAGGGGAGAAUUUAAAAGAUGGCGCGCUGAUCAUUUCAGUGUGCUGAAAUGACAAAAGCUAUGGAGAAAUUAGUUUUAAUAAUGGUUAUAGCCUUGUGACUUGAUUCUAAGAUGAUUGAGGCGUAAAAUUGCCAUUUUUCUUGAUUGUUUUCAUUUAGCUGUGCUUUAAUUGUGCUGUCUAAAAACACAAACUCAGAAACCACUAUUCAUCUCAGGUUUAAUAGCCAGUCAUUAUUUAGCUUACGUAUAUUCCUCCCGGUACAUUCGCAUAACCCAGUUUAGUAGAAACGUUUAGUAAAUCAGGCCUUAUUUUUCUUAGACUCUUGCAAUAAUUAACCUAACUAAAAAAGACAAACAAACAAACAAACAAAAAAACGCUCUUUUUUUGGGUUGUAUAUAAAUCUUACAUAAAACUUUACAUUUGUUGAUUAUCUUUCGCCAAAUUCUUUUGAUAAAAAAAAUAUGCAGGUCAUUGGUCUUUUUCCCGUCGAUUGAUUAUUUUUGUCACUGGGUGAUGGUGUUUUCUUUUUUGUCUACAUCAUUAAAUUGUGUCUCCUUGACAUGCUGUUUGAGUCAUAGAAAGGCCAGUUAUAGAUGGAUUCUUUGACUUAAUGAUUUCCUUUGUACUUUUUUAAAGAGCUGUUUGAACAUGCAACCAUGCCCCGAUGCAAUACAUGGUGUCAAUUAAAGAAUGAUAACGAACCGGUGUCCUUGCCUCGUAAGUG